AUGGGGGACAUACUGGGAGUGCGUUUUCACGCCGUUCACGGUGAUCAUCUGCUCCCUCACAGCCGCACUGUACUAUCUGUGGGGCCGCAAGUGUCAGUUUUCAUAAAUACUUUCCUUCCUAGAUGUGUGGUCUUCAACAACAGAGGUCUUGGAGGGGAGGAGCUGCUGACACCAGUCACCUACUGUGCUGCCAAUACUUCAGAUCUUGAGUGUGUGGUGCAGCAUGUCAAAGGGCUCUACCCCAGUGCUCCUGUGCUUGGGGCUGGUGUGUCUUUGGGAGGCAUGGUGUUGUUAAACUACCUGGCCCGUAAGCGCACCGAGUCAGGAUUGGUUGCCGGUAUAACCAUUUCCGUACCCUGGGAUGCAUUGAAGUUCUCCAGCUCGAUGGAGGAACCGCUCAACUGGCUGCUCUUCAACAGGCACAUCACGAAAUCCUUGCACCAAAUUCUCAACAGGCACAGGAAGAUUUUAGAGAAAGUGGUGGAUGUUGACUAUGUCCUGAAGGCUCGGUCCAUCCGUGAGUUUGACGAACGCUUCACGUCUCUGAUGUUUGGUUAUAGCUCAUGUAUGGAUUAUUAUCGCGAUGCCAGCCCAGGCAAAAAGCUCCCCAAUACAGCCGUACCCAUCCUGUGUCUCAAUGCUGCUGAUGACCCUUUCUCUCCACAGACUGCCUUCCCAGUGUCUAUAGUCCAGGAUCUUCCUAAUGUCGCCCUGGUAUUGACGGCACAUGGGGGACACAUUGCCUUCUUGCAGGGUUUUUUUCCUCGAGGCGAGAACUACAUGGAGCGCUUGUUUGGCCAGUUUGUGCACGCAGUCUUUGAACACCGGGAGGAAAUGAAGCAAGCCUGUGGUAUCAGAGAGGAGCAAAUGAAGGACUAACGAGCAAUAUGAAGGGACUUACACUGAAGUAAUACAACAUUUGCAGCUGCAACCCUGCUCAUCUACCUCAUGACCUCAGGUUCAUGUUCUGUAGACAGUCAAGUUUUCCUAUGAUUACACUUUGCAUGCUGUAGAGUGUGGAUGGGACACCAGUGGUUAAUGAGCUGACACUGUGUAAAGACCAGUAAUUUCAGAUAAUUGUAUCUGCUGCCAUAAAGUGUAAUAAUGAAUUGUAAGCGUAUCAUGAGGACCAGAUCACUAUGUAUGUGUGCUGAAUGUAUUUUUAUUAGCAGUAAACUGAACAUCAGUUUUUUUGUUUGUUUGCAGUGAUUUCCAUGACAGAACCAUUCCUGUUUUCAAUGCAGUGCCGCGCGAUGGCCUGGAGGUCACGGCCAUUUAAUACUGACUUUUUGCACUUGUUCUCUGUGCACAGAGAUUCCUCUAGAUUCUCUGAAUAUUUUGAUGAUAUACUAUGAUGAGAUAUUCAGCGAUUUUAUGUUAUUCUGAAAUUGUUUCACAAUUUUUUGCAGAUUGGUGAACUUCAGCCCAUCUUUACUUCGGAGAAACUCUGCCUCCCUAAGAUGCAGAAAUAUUCCUGACCUGUUGCUAAUUAAUCUAAUAAUUUGCUAAAUAUUUCACUAGUUGAGAACAAGGUAACAUAGGGUU